AUGGUUCACGAAUACAGCAAGGUGCGCGUCGAGUCGGUGAAGCCCCUGAAAUGCACCGGAGUCACGCUUGAGCCGGUCGGCACUGUGCCAGUUGCCCACAACAACACCGGAUUCUACACCGAAGACAACAUCUAUACGACGGACCAUGGACGCGGUGCCAUGCACAACGCCAAGGAGAAGGUCAGCAAUCGAGGCUUCCAAGUUAAAAAUCAGAUCCUUCUAGCUUCACCUGAUUUUCUUUAAAGAACUGUAAUAGAAUUGCGCUUCCGCUUAAAGUUUCUGUGACAGAGGAAUAGUUCUAUUCUUCAAAAAUUUCUCAGCGGAGUGAGGAGUAUAUAGGAGAUGACAGAACUACGUUCAAUUUUGGCCUAAGAGCGAUUAAAUGAUGGCGAAAGCUUUCAGGUGAAGGAUGCUGCUCAUGACGUCAAGGAGGCGUGUGGACAUGCAGCCGACGCCGUCAAGGACAAGCUCCACGAUGCCAAAGUUGCAGUUGCUGGACACUAA